UUGAUCGUUUCUAUUUCUAUACUGAUUCCAAAGUAAAUAAUUUUUAAUUUGAAACGUUAUUCAAAAAUAUUAGAAAAAAGAAAAUUUAGGUUUAAUUGAAUUUUCAUCCGUGCGUCACGACAUUAAAAACAGUUUUCAGAAAAAUGGAUCUAUCAAUAUUCAUAAAUUCUCUGCUGAUUAUUCACAUUGUAACACUCUACACGUGCAUUAAUGCUGAAAAUUUCGUUUCAUUAUCAAAAGAACAAGAUGAUAAUAAUAACACAUUACGAGAACAAAUUGAACCAAUCGAUCAUCAGUUAGAUAGAAAAGCAGAAAUUGCACGUCUCACUAAUUUGGGAAUGGAUGAACCGGAAUUAUUUUAUAAUUUAACACAUACAAAUAAUUAUCCAAGAAACUGUUCGAAAUUAAGGCAAAAAUUACGAGAACUUUAUAAACCUAUUCUCAAUACAUCAUUCCGUAGAAUAUGGUUUCGAGGAACUUUAAAAUAUUCAAAAUAUUUCUACAGAAUAAAAAAUCUUUCUUCAAAAGUAAGAUUUGAGGAUUAUUUUGCACUUAAACUUUUCAAAGUAAUAGGAUACGAUGAGAUGGAAUACGAUACGGAUAUAUCGCGAAGAAUGAAAAAUGCCAUCUACAGUGUUGCAUUAACACAAUUAAAUGAUCCAAAUGAAAAAGUUAAUUACACACUAUUUAAAGGUUUCACCAAUCUAACAACAUGGUACAGGGAACAAUUUAACGAAACUCGAAAAGAAUUACAAUGGAAUGAUUUUACAGUGGUUGAAACAACACGAGAGAGUUCAGAUUUUAUGACGAAAGGCAAAAAAUUAAAGGAUCCAUUUAAUAUCAUGACGGAAUGUGUUUAUGAAAUGUAUUUUCCAAAACCAUAUUUGAGAGUUAAUCUUGACGAGAUUAUUAGUUAUAAUAUAUUUACGGAGGUUAUUCUACUUUCAGGAACGAAAUUUUUCAUUAAUGAGACAAUUUGGACAAGAGUUAAUGAGACAAAUGAACCUUUGACAAUUAAAAUGACGCAUAAUGAUGAAAAUGUUGGAUUACUUGAUCAACAGAAGAUAAUUAUGAGCAAACUGAAAAAAUUACGAGAAACUGGAACUCAAUUUUAUGUUUGUGAAUAAUAUCUUAUGUUAUAUUAAUUAAGCUAUGUUAAUUAUUAUUAAUUUGAAAUUUAAGAUUUUGAAUAUUUUGUUUUAACAAUAAAACGUAAACCGAUACCAAAUGGGACUUUUUAUAAUAUAUAUGUAGAUAAAAA